AACAGACACCGGCAAUUGAGGGAGCGCGUGUGGAUUUUUUUGGGGCUCUGCUUGCGGGCUCCCCCCUUUCCGUCAAUCAUGCGGCAACAGUUGCACCGUCCUGCCCCAAGACGGUCGUCCCGGCUUCUCCUUUUGCUUGCUUUGGUACUCGGGGCAUCAUAUUCCAAUGCCUUUGUCUCUUCUCCCCUUUUGAAAAAGCUCGCUCCUCUAGCCCACAAACAGAGAUGUCGCAUGUCUGCGCCGCAGGAAGAAGGGUCAUCAAGCACAGACCUUCACACUGCCCAAUCGUCAUUGAGCCUGAAUCGUGCCGAUCUUCUCAAGCGGACUUUAAGGGCUGCUUCCUCCUUCUCUCUGGUGUGGCUCACCGGCCAGCGAGAGGCGGACGCGGGGGAGGAAGGCGCUCCGGACGCCUCCGUGGAGGUGGCUAAGGAAAGUGCACAGCCUGCUCCCGUCUCGCCUCCAGCAACUGCCCCCGGCCCAUUGAAAACUGCCUACGAUUAUGCCGUACCCUACGACGGCGUGCGGGUGCCCCUCGGGAAUUUUCGGGGGAAAGCGGUCGUUGUGUGCAAUGCCAAGACCGACGAUCCGGAGAGCUUGGCGCAGAUUCCAGGCCUCACGUAUUUGACGGGGAAGUACAGCAAGAAAGGCUUGAAGGUAUGGGUGUUCACCACCGAACAAGGCACCUUCGAAACGGACGAGGACCGAGUAAUCCGCAUCAAGUACUAUCAACAGUACGGCUUUGGUCAAUACCCUAACAGCUUGGUGUUCGACAAGAUUGACAUUGUUGGAAAGCGCGCCGAUCCGUUCUACAAAUUCUUGUGCAAAACGUUGCGGAAUCCGAACAAGAUCGCCCGCAUCACUUUGAAUUUUGAAAAAUUCCUGUUGGAUGCCAACGGUCGCCCCGUCCGCCGUUACCCGCGCCGUUACACUGCCUAUGACAUGGAAGAAGAUGUGAAAGCCGUGCUGGCGGGGGAGCCCCUGCCCCCCCCCAGCCCGAAACUGAUCAAAGCCUGGCGCGACGCUUAUGUCGAAGCGGAACGGAGCGAGUAUGCGUUCAAGAAGGGUCUGAAUUACUACGAGCCGUUGGGGGAGGACCAACGCAGCCUUCCCUGA